ACGUACUGGGGCUUAAAUCACCUUGUUUUUUUAAAGCGGUAUAUAUUUCGAUACUUAUAAAAAUAUAACACUUUCAUAACCUUUCUGUUUUGUAAAGGUGUCGGUCUUCAUAAUAAGAUCCGGAUGAAUACAGCCGUAAAAAAUGUCGCGAAAUAUCAGGAUUUAAUGCAGCGAAAAAAAGAGGAUUUUCGUGUUUUUCAAAAUAACGGAGUGCUUGAUAUUUUUGAAAAUGAAGACUGGAAAUUUAUUCAAAAUACUGUUUUUAAUAAUCGCUAUAUUUUCUGUCACAGUUUUCAGCGAAGACACAAAAGACUAUGAAAAACUGUUUAUUGAACAUCGUUUGGAGUUAUUAGAGAACGGAAUUGCCUCGUAUGUCGGGGAAUCUAUCCCAAAGAUGAGAUCACUGGAAGACCAAGUUGAAUACUUGCAAAAAGAGAAUACAAUACUACACGAUAUAAUUGAAAAUCAAAACAAAAAGAUAAAAACACUACAAUGGGCUACGGAAGAUAUGAAAGUAAAUCAGCUAACACGUGAAGAACGGGAUCUUGUCACAGAAUUAAAAUGGACAAUUUUUGAUCUCAAGGAGGCGAACCGGGAGCUUCAGGAGGACGCCUGCAUGCGUAAAACGGAAUGCAACGAAUGGGAAGAAUGGAGCAGAUGCUCAGUGGAUUGUGGGAAGGGAACGAGAAUACGGUCACGUGGCUGUUCAAACACUGGUAGAUUUAGCUCCAUGUGCAAGCCACUAGAUAUAGAAGAACAAUCUUGUCACGGAAGCAAUUGCCGGUUCCAGAGUACACUUUCACAGUUUGAUUGCCCGGACGGUUAUUAUUCUUUUCAAGGACUCUGUUUACGGUUUUCAGGGCGUCAAGAUGGUCGUCUGCAUUCUACAAUUCUAUGUGAGGAAGAAAGUUCGCAUCUUGUGUUUAUUGACAGUGCUGAAAAACACGAGGCUGUCGUGGAGUUCAUUAAUAUAGUGGCACCAGAAUAUAUGGUAGAUAUGCAUGAAGACUUUAGUAAACGUGAGUACUGGGAUUUUCAUGAUAUCGAUCAGAAGACGCAUGUUGCUGUUGAUGGAAUAAGAAAACAUCAAAAAACAUAUUUCAUCAAUUGGAAGGAACAGAACAUGACAUAUUUUAAUUGGGCGGUUGGACAACCAAGAAACGAUAAAAGUGAUGGUGACUAUUGCGUGACAAUCAACGUUCUUACUGGAGAGUGGUAUAUGAAAUGUUGUACUGUGACUUUUUUCUACAUUUGUGAAUCUGAGGAAAGGAGGGAACGAUAGACGUGGCAAAGCAUAUCUACAGCAAAAUUGAUGAGCUUAUUGCCUUAAAUUUAAAACUUUUCCAUUUGAAAGUGGUUUGUUCCCUGUUUUCUUCCGUUUCAAAGUACAAAUAUUUGUGUCGAUAUUAAGAAGAAAUGCAUAUAGUAUACAUUCUUAAUUAUGUGAAUAUCUGAUUGAUUCGUUUUGAUGGUGCUUUUUUUUUUAAUUAUUAUUUGUGCUUAUGCCAUCAAUAAUUAAUUAUAACUCAACAAAGAGCGCUUAACCUUUAUAGCAGCAUGCCUAAAGAUUCGUGCUAAUUUUCAUGAAAAUUUUGGAAAUGUAUUCAAAAGUAAAGUGAACAAAGACAGUAAUUUAAACAUUGCAAACGGCACUUACAGUCCACUAAAAUAACCAAAGAAGAGGUAAAAAUAUAAUAAAAACCUUUAUUAUAUACUUUUAAAUGAAAUAUUGAGAAAUAUUGAUGAAAUAAAAUGCGUAU